CCAAAAAUACUGUCGAGCAUGGCUCCAGCACAGCCAACUCGGGUCGAAACCACCAUUCAGCCGAUUCGGCUUGACGGUCGAACUCUUGAAGGAGGAGGCCAGUUAGUUCGCAUCGCUAUUGCUCUCUCCGCCCUCACGGGUCAACCGAUAACUAUUGAUCAUAUUAGAGGCAACCGAUCCGGCAAGAAAGGCCUGAAGAACUCCCAUCUUGCCGCAAUCAAUUGUCUGGGUGAAAUGAGCGGAAGUACCCUUGUUGGAGCGCAGGUGGACUCACCCUCAUUAGGGUUUUAUCCUCCUCCUCCACGCGAAGAGUCGAUAACUGACAGCUCUCACGAGGAUGGUCCCUUAAGCAAGAGGGAAAUUAACAUCCGACUUCCGACAGUAGGCUCCAUUUUCCUUGUCUUCCAAGCGCUUUAUCCAUGCCUUCUCCACUGCGGAGGAUCGACCACUCCCGAUAACCCCAUUUACCUUAGUAUCACCGGGGGAACGAACGUGUCGUUUUCUCCAUCGUACGACUACGUAUCUCAGGUGUUGAUUCCUAAUUUUGCGCGGUGUGGAUUACCUCGUCUUUCUGCGGACCUGGAAAAGCGCGGAUGGCUGGCGGGUGCCAGGAGUUUGGGGAAAGUGACAUUCCGCAUCGAAACGCUUCCCAGAGACCGUGACACGGAAGCCAGCGGGGACGCGCGAUAUUGGUUUCCCUUGAUCGAUUUAAAUCAAUAUGAUCGCGGAACAAUCUCCAAGAUCGACAUCACAGUUCUUGCCCCCGAUGGUUCAGUCACAGAGGAGUUCGAAAGAGGAUCCGGCAAGAAUAAAAAGGCGAACAAGGGACAUCGCAGGACAGACCCACGAAUCCAGAACCACAACUACACGACUUGGGAGGAAGAAAAGGGAACUGACGCUGGCCAACGUGGGCGAAAUCUCGGGACGGUGCGUGAAUUUAUGGAGAGCGAAACCUAUAGGCUGCUGCGUAAACGGCUUCGAAAGAUCCCGUCGUCUAUUUUCAGCCCGCGAGAGCCGAGUUCGAGCUCUUCUGUCAAGGGGCCCGAAGAAGCGGGCAGUGACGAGGAUGCUGUGCGGAUCGACACCCACACGACAGAAGCUACGUAUUCGCGCUCGUGUUUAUACGUGCUGAUCGUAGCGCAUACAUCGACCGGAUUUAAAAUCGGUCGUGAUGCGUUAUAUCGAGGAGACGGAAAAAAGCGAACCGAAGGUCGAGAUCGUGGGGGGAUGAUAGGAGCGGUGACAGAUCUGGUCGAGGACUGUGUAGAGGGGUUUAUACAAGAGCUGUACAAUCCCACUUUGCAGUCCGGAACGCCAUGCGCUGCAACGCGCCCGCCCUGCGUCGACGAAUACAUGAGAGAUCAGCUGGUGGUAUUUGAGGCGCUGGGAAGAAUGUCGCGUGGUCAAAUUAACACAGCGGCUUCGAGCAAGGAAGAUGAGAGAUAUUGGAGUCUGCAUACGAGAACGGCGCAGUGGGUGUGUCGGGAGAUGCUUGGGGAGGACAGUCUCGGAUAAAUCUGCGCAUAGAUAUCUGUGUGCCAUGAUGGGUCUGUUGACAAGAGAAUUCGAUCUGCUGUUAACUGUUAAUGGGCUAUCAAUCGCAGCGCUGGAUCGGUCGCAACAUUGAAUGAGAGGCAUGCAUGCAUCCGGUGGAGAAUACAAAAAGAAAAUAUCCAGAAGAAGAAGAAGAAGAAGAAGAAGAAGAAGAAAAAGCCAGAUCGAACCUAGACAUGAUGGUUAUAAGGAAAAUGAACUAUACAAUCUAUUCAUAUAGUAUAGGGAUAUAUAUUAGCGUAAGCAUAUCACAACA